UCAUCCCUACUGCUCUGUCAUGCAUAAAGGGUUAUCUUGCUUUUUAUCUAGCACAGGAGCUAAUGUAAGUGCUGAAUGCUUCAGCUUAAAGAGAGGAUGGAAGAUUUCCUAUUUCUACAUAUCCUGGAGGGUAUCACUGAAACUGGCUGUCACAUAAUGUUAAAAGUGGAAGGUUACUGAAUUAAUCUUAAUCAGGAGAAACAAAGUACAGAAGGGAACUGAGAGUUGAGAGCAGGUGCUGAGCACUGACCUGUGGCAUUUCUAUGCGAAAUCAGUGUUUAAAUAAAUGUUGCUUUCGGGUUCAGAAAUACUUCAGAAAAGUCCCACAGUGGCACUGCUAGAUUCAGUCACUUGUGCCUUGUUUGCAGAUGAACUAUCUCUGGCUUUUGGUGCAGUUGGAGGAAGCCCAUGUGAAAUGCUCUGUAUGGAUGGUGUAUAGAAGGCUAUAGAGUGGGAGGAUGCCCUAAGUGAGCGUAGGACAUUCGUGGAUAAAUUAGUUCAUUACAGCCUGUUAGUUUCUAGCUCUUGACUCUUCAGCAUCUGAAAUCCAAAUUCUGGUGCAAUAGGACUUUGAUAGAGAAAUCCUUUUUUGUUUCCUUUGCAUAGCAUUACUUUAUAAUAAGUGGAGACAAGAUGGGUAAGGUUAUUUUUUUUAUUGGACCAAUUUCUGAUGGUGAAAGAGACAAGCUUUCAAGCUUACGCAGAGCUCUUAUUCAGGUCUGUAAGCAGAGGAUUUGCUAGGACAGAAAUUGCAAUUUGCACUUUGCAGUUUAUUGAAUCAAUCUGGGAUUUUCAUUCUUCAGUGUAAUCAAGGUUCCAUCAUGUCCGUGUUCUGUGAGCUUGUUCCACUCUGUUACAAGAGGGAGGGAGUCUGUAUGAGCUUGGGUUAUAUCAAGCACAGACACAAAAGACACCACACGGUUAACAAAAACAGAACCUCCAAACAGCCUUUUUAACAUUAAGGGCUUAGGGAUAUUUUGAGGCCUCUUUCUGUGUCAGGGUGUGAGUUUGUGCACUAAGUGCUGCUGCCCCUUUAAGGCCUGUUUGUGUGUAGGGGUGUGGGUGCAGGGACUGCUGUGAGACAGAAACAUUAUUUGAAUAUUUAUGAGCUGAUGAUCUGAAGGCGAGUGUGACAGAAAAAGACAAUCCCUGCUGCUCUUGGAGCCUAAAAAUCACUUUACCAGGCAGCUCCUCUCUGCCCAUGACUCUGACUGGAAGCAUUGGAAACAGGCAAGAUAUUAAAGUGGAAGAUGGGAGGAAGGUAUUCAAGUCCACUGGAUGGAAGACAGCGCAGGUACCUGAGAGGUCGCACAGAUGCCACAGUGAAGAAUUUCCUGCCCUAUUAUCAGAGGCAACUUGCAACCACCUUUCUGAGACGGGUCUCAAAGGAGCUGGACCCGCAAGGCAAACCUGCUCUACAGCUGCUGCAGAGCAAACUCCAGAAGCCACCUGAUGCUCUUCUGCAUGAGGGAUUCCUGAUGCAGUAUACUGGGGACACCUGCAAGUGGAAGAAGAGUUAUUUAAUUUUGCUGGGAAACUAUACCCUGGAGUGGUUUGAUAGUAAAGAGGCCCAGGGGAGAGGAUAUAAGCCCAGAGGAUCCACGACUCUGUCCGGAUACUUGCUGGUGACCUCACUGAGCGAAUAUACCAGGCUGAUUGACAGUCUCUGCCAGGGAUUAGUAGCUGACUACACCCACCAAGACCAAGACCCCUUAAAUGGGCCUCCAGAAGAGUUUCUGCUGUUCCUUUACCAUCCGUUCCGAAAGUCCUUCUGUUUCUGUACAAACUCUGCAAAAUCCCAGCACACCUGGAAAUCCAUCCUUCGAGAUGGGAUCCGAUAUUGCAGCACAGUUUUACAGAGACAGGACUCCUUUGAAGUAGAGGCUUUCCUGGAAGCUGUGCGAUUUUAUAGGCAAGAGAAAGGUAGUUACGGAGCAGGGGAUCUCCUCCUGGGAACAGAGCCUGAGAUUCUCAGUAAUGUGCUGAUGGAGGAUUUGCUUCCAGUGCUGCAGUCUCAGGUCCCCCCAAAUCUCAAAGGGUCAGAAAGUAGGAAGAAACAGACCUGGUGCCAGUUCCUAGAGGAGGUUUAUACAUUGGUCCUCAGCCAGGUCUCCAGCGAAUUCCUGGAUUUUCAGAGGGAGAAUGAGAAACUCCACAUUCAAUUGGAAAAGAAGAUUCGCCCUGAUCUGGAUCAGAUGCUGAUUUUAAAGGAUCAGAUAUCUAUAAAACUCCAAGCGGUGGUCCAGAGCUCAGUGGAAUCCUGCUGUCACCAAGGAGUAGAGCCUGACCUGGACUGUGUGAUGGAGGAGCUCAUAUGCCCCAUCAGCUUAGGAUUUGACGUGGUGCGUUCGCUCUUCACAGACAGAAUUGAUGAGAUGAUCAGACAUGUGCAGAGUUUGCCUACCACUGUCUUCCAGGAAGAGAUUCUCACACUUGGGGAAAUGCCCUGGAAACCUGAAUUCAUGGAGCCAUGUUACGAGAAGGCUAACCUCUACAAAGACAGUCUGCAGGGACUGAAGGAAAGAUUUGGCUUUCAUGGUGUGGCAAGUUUAGUCCUCAGAGCCCAAAACCUCAUGCAGCAGCUAAUGCAGAAUUCGGUCCAUACAUUCCACCAGCUUUCAGAGCAACAUCUGAGCUUGGCAACCAACCACAGCCAAAUCACCCAGACUCUGGAAAAGAUCAAAACUCGUGUGCUGAAGAAAUUUGACUAUGACAGCAGUUCCACCAGGAAGCAGUUUGCACAAGAGUGGCUGGUUCAGAUCUUUCUUCCCUUUCUGCUGAAGAAUCUGGAGCCCAGAUGUAAACUGGAGCUGCCCAAGUAUGAAAAUUACGUGUUUGCUGACUUCAGUGGCAUCAUCAAUGUUGAAAAUAUUUAUGAAGAAAUGGUUCUGGCUGUUCUGCAGCAGGCAGUCACCACAGCCUUGAAAGAGGCUUCAAGUCAAAACAGACAUAAUCUUUACAGUGACAGCUUCUCCUGUGUUCUGGAUAGUGUGGACAACUUGCUGCAGCAGGACAGAGCCCAGGAACACUCUGAAAUAAGGACAGGAGCCUUAGGUUGCAAUGCCACAUCAGACACCAUGAACCUCAUCUCCUGUCAAGUCAGUGAGACGACUUCAGACAAGAAAGCAUGGAAAUAUGAAGGAGGCUCAGCUGGGGCUGCAAAUCCUCCCAAAGAUAAAGGGCGAAUCUGCCCAGUAACUUCCCAUUGCCAUAAAGAAGCAGAAAAAUAUUUGAGGGUGUUGCCUGAUGGUAGGAAUUGGAGACACAAGAAGGCCUUGGAACCAGACAUGCGAAGCAGCUGUAUUACUGAACCUGCAGGACAUGUUGCAGAGAAGACUGAAGUUGUGUCUGAGGCUGAAAACAAUAUGUGCACAGGAGACCGAAAUAAAAACAAAUGUAAUGACAAGUCAUGGAGCCCUUUUGCAAGGAGCAAAGAUCUACAAGAGCCACAGAACAUCAUAAAUGAACAUUCAGUAGAUAAAGUUGCUGUAGAGAAAAUACAAGAGGAAUGGGGGAGGGCGAUGUUUGAGCAAGGCGGUCAAGGGCAGGAUGGAGAAUUGGAGUUAAAUCUAGCUUGGAUUAAAGGAGCAGGACAGAGUGAAACAGGGGAUGCCACUUGGACACACCGACUUCAGGAACAUGGUGAUGAAAUGAUUGCAGCAUUACAUGUCCAAAAGUUGGUUCCUGCGGAGGGUCUGGAAAGAAAGGUCUGUCAGCUGGAGCUAGGGUACGAUGCUCAGCAGGAAUUCAAGGGGCGUAGGCAUGCAGGUGGACUGGCUGAAGGUAAGUCUGUUCCCUUUUUACUCACUGGAAGCCUGAGACACGAAGAUGUGCAUGAGGGUCCUGUCCCGGAAAUGAACAAGGAGGAGAUGACAGAGGCAGACUUCAAUGAGACAGAUAAGACUGUUUUUCUAGAGUGUCUGUCCAUAGCUAUCGAAAUGGAAAUCUUCCAAACAGAUCUGCUGGAAAUGGAUCUCGAAGACAACAGAGACCAGGGAAGUGGUUGUCGUCAAACCGAACCUCUGAAAUAGAAGUACGAGGAGCAAGAUCUAGCUGACGUUGACCAUCGUGGAGCAGAGGGAUGGCAAAGCUUCGUACACACAUUCAACUUUCCUGAUACAAUGAUAGAUGAAGUUUUAUAUCCCUAUAUUAGCAAAUAAUGGAGAGUGCCAAGGCAACUGAGGCUGCGAAGGGGCUGCCAGUUGCAUGGCAGACGCUUCAGCAGCACUGACCAAGACUUAGUGGGAGAUGCAGAGAUUUUCAGUCUCAAAGCUUUACGAAUGUGAACUGAAAGAACUGGAAUUGGUCUUGCUUCUCAGAGCAGAAAACUGAGCAAAAGCUGAGGGAUUGGAAAGGAAUGAACUGCUCCUUUGUGAACAUUUAUGUAAGACGUAAUAUUUAUGCGUAUCAUAUAGUGUAUCUUAAUACCCUUAGGCUCUUAAUUCUCACCUUUCUGCCCUUUGUCCUGGUGUGGCUUUUCAUUCUAUUUGUAAGUGAUAAUACUGAAGGUGUUUAUAAGGGGCCUUCAAGUCAGGGUGUGUACACAAUACAGUAUUCUGUGGUUUUCUCAUGGUACUGAUGUCCUGGAAAAGUGUUUCAGAGAGAGACAACAAACAUUCUGCAGCUACAAAGACUUCACUAAUAAACCCUUCCCAGUUUCUUCAAACAGCAUACACUGAUACAGUUUCUGUCCUGUUCCACUCCCUUUGUGACUCAGGCAGUGCAAAGUGUGUGAAGCCUAGCCUCAUUCCCCUAACUUGGGGCUUCCUGCGAGUACAGAGCUGACAGUCAGAUCCUGUCACCCUCCUUGGAGUCCCCAGUGCAGUAGGGAGGAUGGAGGUUAUCAGGAAUGGAAGAGGAGUAGCUGGAGUGUGCUUCGCUACAGUCAUGCUCAGGUGGAGAAUUGGGGCCCCACGCUCUGCAUUGCCAAGCACAAACUCAAAACAAAAAAUCUGCUCCACUGUAUCUAUCUUCUUUGUAUUUGUUUCUUCCAAGGCAGUUAUAGUAGGGGAAGACAGUGAAGUGGUGUAAUCACUGAUAUUUUGGGCCCAACCCUGCUGCUGUUGAAACUUAACAGCUCAUGGAGUUCAGUGAGCAGGACUGGGCCUAUUGUGUAAUAAGGCUCAAUGAGAUUCUUACAGUGGCCACAAGGAUACCUAUUUAAUUCAUUUAUUACGUGUUUGCUCAGCUGGACUGAAUCACAGAACCUGAAGUUCAUUGGAAUGGUUGCCGUAACAGAGGUAAUAUCUGUUUCAUAUGUACAACUUCACCCCAAAAUAGAAGCUACUAAUUUAAAAUUUCAGAUAUGUAAAAACCUUUUUAGUGAAUUUUUAAUAAUGUUCAUGCUUCAUGCUGACCUGUAAUUUGCUAAGAGAAGGGAACUCUAUCUAGUGUUGUCUUUUCCUAAUCCCCACAAUGCUGUUAAGCUUUUUAAGUUUUUAAACUUUUAUUCCAAUAUAUGGCUUAUUAUUUAAUCCAUAAAAGCCUAUGUAUCUUAUACCAACAGGUGUUUACAUUUAAGUACUAACAUCAUUAGAUAGUGAUGUAAAAAAAAGUAAUCUGGUGUAUUUAUUUGAAUAAACCUAUUAACACUCAAAGCGUGGUGUUUACAAAACUGACACUUUAUAAUUUUGUGGUUUUCAAAAAGGGAACAAAUUCAUUCAUGUUUCUGUAUUUCAUAAACACAAUCUCUUGUGCAUCCACCCCGUUGAGAUGACUCUUAACUGCUAAUCAAAUGAUACUAAAGAUUUUCCAUGCACUGAAACUGCACUGAUUGAUAAGAAUCAAGCCUAUCACAGGCUUUUAGGAUGGAAUUACUUUACCACCCGCAUUCAGUUCACAUCUUGCACUUUGAAAUUUGGUCUUAUUGAAACCAUGGUCUUUUAAGACCCCAGUGCUAACCUAGUUAUUCAUUCUCUUCAGUACAGGUUUUGUACAAUUCCACAUGGUCCAUUUGUAGGGAACUGAAAUUUACGCCUUACUACUUGUUCAAAACACCUGAUUUCCAGUUAGAAUUGUUUGCACUAGUGAGUGGUGGUGGUUUGGUUUUGGAUGAUAUUGCAUUUUAGCUAUGUAUUUUUAAAGAGAAAAUGUAACUGGUGUCAGCUGAUACUGACGUUGACCACAUGAGUUUAAUUUUUUGCAACCCUCUCUCCUGCCACAAGAUGGGAGCCAGGAAAUAAAGACCACUCUUUAACCAGCA